CUCUAAUGCAUCUUAUGCUUGCCUCUGUAUUUAUAUGCAUAUCUAGAUUCCUUUGAGGAGUCUGAAGAGAAGUGGCUGUCAUCCUUAGAAAGCUCAAGAUGGAUGGAGCAUGUCAGGACAUUUCUGCGGCAUGCAGUAGAGGUAGUCUAUAUGCUGGAGAGCAGACAUGUGUCUGUCAUACUCCUAGAGAAAGAGGAUCGGGACCUGAGUUGUGUGAUUUCCUGUCUGGUGCAGUUGAUGUGCGAUCCUCACUGCAGGAGUCUGCACGGCUUCCAGGGACUGAUCCAGAAGGAAUGGGUAAUGGCUGGCCAUCGGUUCCUCGACCGCUGCAACCAUCUGAAGAAGAACGACAAAGAGGAGUCUCCUGUGUUCCUGCUGUUCCUGGACUGUGUGUGGCAGCUGUGGAAUCAGUACCCAGCAGCCUUUGAGUUCACUGAGGUGUACCUGACAGUGCUGGGGGACAGUAUGUGGGUCCCCGUCUUCAGCACCUUCCUCUUUAACUGCCCCCGACAAAGAGCAGAGCACAGCAGGGUUAGAU